AUGUCGGCAGAUUCUCCCUUCUUGCUGCCUUUGAAAACCAUCGAAAUUGUGGAACAGCUGAGGUUGAUUCCGCACCCCGAAGGCGGCUUCUUUCUGGAAACGCACCGCAGUGGGAGCGUACCCAUGACCUCACGGGGUGGCACCGACCUCCAGAGUCCCUCCGCCGAGCAGCUCGUCACCACAGUCGGUCGUGAGUCGAAUCGCCAGGACCAAGACCCCCGUCGUAACGCCCUGACGAGUAUCUAUUGGUUACCCACCAAGGCCUCGCCUCUGCUACUCUUGUGCGUCAAUCGAUCCGAUCACGUGCAUUAUUAUCACGGGGGCAAGCCCUUUGAAUACUUACUCUUUCUGCCAAAUCACGACACUUCCGUGCGCCGUGUUAUUUUGGGUCCGGAUUUAUCAGCCGGUCAUCAACUCCAAGUCUGUGUUCAGGGUGGGACCUACAAGUGUGGGCGUUUGCUGCGUGAUGCCUAUCCACAACAGCUACCGUACGACUACAGUCUUGUGGGAGAGGCUGUGGGACCAGGAUUUGAUGUGGCUGAUUUCAGACCACUGCAAAUCAGCGAUUUGGAAGCGUGUGGAAAUGACGGUGUCAAAACCACCCUGGCACCAUAUCUUUAUAGCCAUCAUCAACCCCCAGAUCCCAACCUUCACACCGCAUUGGAUUUUGACGGUUUUUACAAUCAGGACGAGACGCAAAAGGCUCGUUCUCAAGACCGCAUUUAGAAUAUCUGUACCAUCCCAUCCCGCCUUGCCGUAAGCUGUUGGAGUCGAUCGCAUCUUCUCCGGUACGCGUGCAAGUUCGUUUCCCAUUCGCACCGCUUCUCUCCCUCGUUCUGUAUCGCAUAGACGAGAUGACGGCGAGCGCACAAGAGUCUCACAUAGAUAAUGCGUUUCGAAGAGAUUUUGCAAUUGCUGUUCU